UUGUAUCGUCGAUCGCCGUCCGGGCAAGUCUCGGUUUGUCGGAUCAGCGCGCGUCGCGAGCUUGGAGCUUGGAUAAACGAGGCAACAAUCUAGUCUAAUACCGCCGAAUGGCUCGUUCAAGUGGUAGAUACUAAGCCAUGUACUAACACCCGCAACCCAGGCAGCGUCGUCGUGGUGCUGGAAGCUGAACUGAACCCAAUCGACUGAACCAGACGGCAGCGUGCAUUAACCCAUCACGUGAGUAAAGCUAUUGUCUCUUCCGGGCACAAAAUAUUGGAUGGCCGACGGGCUGGCUGUGCUAAAGUCGUGAAAGUGGUCCGUGGUCGUGCAACAAGGUUUGUCUAGCUCAACGUGCAAACGCUUGAGGUGGGAUUGAGUAGUGAGUUCGAGUGACCAGCAGUAGUAGUAGUGACCUUAAACGUGACCAUUGCCAAGUCUCGAGCGACUAAAAAACACGUUGCACGAAUGGUUUCACACGAUAAGUGGUCGGUUGAAAGAUUGCCGCUGAAAAUGAUGCAAAAUGAGUGUGUUUGUGCGUGGUUUUUAUUUGCUGUUGGUUCAAAUUUACACUAUUAUUAACAUCCAGAACUCGCAUCCCACCUUGGAAGCGCUACAACCACCAAAGACUGAACACAUUCUAAAUCCAGUAUGGCACGGAGACUAACAGCGUACGUGCAGCUCGCAGUGCUGCUGGUGGCAACGUUCACCUGUGGUGGACUUGCUGCACCGAAGGCGGGAGAUUUGGAGCUUAUCAUACUGCACAACAACGACAUGCACGCCCGGUUCGAGCAAACCGGCGCGCAUAGCAACGAGUGUCAACCGUCCGAUGUCGCUAGCAACCGCUGUUACGGCGGAUUUGCCCGCGUUGCGCACAAAGUCCGCGAAUACCGAGCGGCUGAAGCAUCCGGUGGCCUUCCGGUGCUGUAUCUCAAUGCCGGCGAUACCUACACCGGUACGCCCUGGUUUUCGGUGUACAAGGACAACAUAACGGCUGCCUUCCUGAACAUGCUGAAACCCGAUGCGAUCUCCCUCGGCAAUCAUGAGUUCGAUCUGGGUGUGGAGGGCUUAGUUCCGUUCCUGAACGAAGUCGACUUUCCGGUGCUCGUCACCAACCUCGACCUAUCCAAAACGCCCGAAAUGCAAUCGACCAAAUCCCUGCAGCGAUCGGUCAUCUUUACGAAGGCGGGCGUACGGAUCGGUGUUAUCGGUUAUCUGACGCCCGAAACUAAGCAACUGUCACCGAUCAAUACGGUCGAGUUUUUGGAUGAAAUCGAAGCGAUCAACAAAGAGGCAACGGCAUUGAAGGAGCAAGGCGUGCACAUUCUGAUUGCCCUCGGCCACAGUGGAUUGGAACGCGAUAAAGAAAUUGCUGCCAGGUGUCCGGAUGUGGAUCUCGUCAUCGGUGGCCAUUCCCAUACGUUCCUUUACAGUGGGUCCGCACCGGACGUUGAGGAACCGGCCGGUCCGUACCCGGUGAUGGUGAAGAAUGCUGCCGGAAAGGAUGUCCCUGUGGUGCAGGCAUAUGCCUACACCAAGUAUCUCGGCUAUCUGCACCUUAUGUUCGACGCGGAAGGCAACCUGAUCGAGCUGGACGGAAGCCCGCUACUGUUGAACGGUACGGUACAGCGAGACUCCGACGUACUGCAGCUGCUGGAGCUGUACCGGCCCGGCAUAGUGGCGCUGGACGAACAGAUUGGACGCUCGAACGUGUUUCUCGACUCAAGCCGGUGUCGGUUUGAGGAAUGUAAUAUCGGCAACAUGAUUGCCGAUUCGCUCGUCAUUACGCAUGCGACGACACGCGAACAGAGCAACGAUGGGUACUGGACGGAUGCCGCCAUCGGGUUCAUACAGGGAGGCGGUAUCCGGGCGUCCAUUAACGCCGGCCCAAUCACCAUGAAGGACCUGAAGACGGUGCUCCCGUUCGGCAAUGCGAUGGUGGUGACGGAAAUUACGGGCACGCAGCUACGCCAAAUGCUCGAAACGAGUGUCCACCGGUACGAUGGUGUUUCCGGGUACGGAGAGUUCCUGCAGAUGGCGGGCGUAAACGUAGAGUACGAUCUAGCGCGACCUCCGAUGCAGCGCGUACUUCACGUGAAGGUGCGCUGCGCCCGGUGCCAAGUGCCCGCGUACGAGGAUCUGAAAGACGACGAGCACUACCGUGUGCUGUUGAGCCAGUUCCUGUACGAUGGAGGCGAUGGGUACGAUAUGCUACCGAACUCACCGAAAGAAUUGCUCACGUUCGGUGAGUAUGAAAUUACGGAAGAGUACCUGAAGCGGUACUCACCCAUCUAUCCAGCGAUCGAGUGGCGUAUCCGCAUGGAAGGACAGCCGGCCGUCACAACAACGGACGGUCCGGGAGCGGGCACUACCACCAUGAUGACCACCAGCACGACCGAGGACAGUGGAGCUGCACGUGUGUACGGCGUAACGAUUUCCACCAUCGGAAUGAUGCUAUUACCGGUACUGUUGACCUACGUGUAGAUAGAUGCCGUAGGCACCGAAAGCACUCCAAUUGUUUAUUUGUACAGACUCGCUGGGUGAGAUUUCCCUAUUGGGAAACACGGACAAUGUAUCAGAACAAAGAUGCGAGGUGAACACUUUCACCUUCAAUGUAAAUCGGGCGUUACUUAGCUGAUAGACGAUCAUAGAGGUAAGAAGACAUUGGUCAAGAUCAGUGUUAAGUGCAACGAUAAAAAAACUUGAUCGAGUAUUACGUGUUAUGGUUGGUAUUGAAACAUAAAAAUACAAAAUCUAAUUCCAACAAAUUAACCAAA